GCUCUGGUUGGGCAGGGGAGGUCAGAGGUCGGGGCUAGGAGGCGUUCCGCUGGCAUAGAUGCUAUGUAGCGGUGUGGCUUGCGCUCUCCUUCAUGUUCUGGAGGGUUUUUGGGCUCCCGUAGUGUAGUAGUCCCAGGACCUCUAGUCCCCGGCUUCCGUACCUGCCGGCUGUGCGGAGUUGACGCCGCCGCCAUGUUUGGCUGCUUGGUGGCGGGGAGGCUGGUGCAAACAGUUGCACAGCAAGUGGCAGAAGAUAAAUUUGUUUUUGACUUGCCUGAUUAUGAAAAUAUCAACCAUGUUGUGGUUUUUAUGCUGGGAACAAUCCCAUUUCCUGAGGGAAUGGGAGGAUCUGUCUACUUUUCCUAUCCUGAUUCAAAUGGAAUGCCAGUAUGGCAGCUCCUAGGAUUUCUCACGAAUGGGAAACCAAGUGCCAUCUUCAAAAUUUCAGGUCUUAAAUCUGGAGAAGGAAGCCAACACCCUUUUGGAGCCAUGAAUAUUGUCCGAACGCCAUCUGUUGCUCAGAUUGGAAUUUCAGUGGAACUAUUGGACAGUCUGGCUCAGCAGACGCCUGUAGGUAAUGCUGCUGUAUCCUCAGUUGACUCAUUCACUCAGUUCACACAAAAGAUGUUGGACAACUUCUACAAUUUUGCUUCAUCAUUUGCUAUCUCUCAGGCCCAGAUGACACCAAGUCCAUCUGAAAUGUUUAUUCCAGCAAAUGUGGUUCUGAAAUGGUAUGAAAACUUUCAAAGACGACUGGCACAGAACCCUCUUUUUUGGAAAACAUAAUUUGAAUAAAAUAAUUUUUAAUGGAUUCUGAAAUUUGUCAUGUUUUGAAAAUAAAUGACUCCAUUUAAAAGCAUGAAAUUAAAAGGGUCAUGAAAGCUAAGUUUAAAAACUGCUUAGUGACUAUGAAACAUAACUAAAAUAUUUAUAAAAAAUUAAAGACAUUGAAAAUGAAAAUAUGUUUCUCAUUCAUGACUACUUCCCCUUAAGCUUAAAAUAUUCAGAGGCAAAACAUUUUGUUUUGGCUGUGAUUCAUUUUAUACUUAAAAAUAAAGUAUAUUUACAAUGAUAGUGUUCCAAAUAACAUUGCAUUUAUAAUCUUUUAUUUAUUUUUAUACUAGUUUGUUAGAAUAGUUAAAAUCAACCAUAUCAAAAUUUGGGGAAAAUUUUUAAAAUAUCAAAUAUAUAGUUUUACAUAUGAGAAAAUAAUUUUCAGGUAGGAUUGCUUAGGAUUAUGGGUUUUUUUUUCUUUUUUUUUUUAACAUUUUAUUUUAUUUUAUUUUAUUUUUAGAGAGGGAAGGGAGGGAGAAAGAGAGAGAGAGAGAAACACCAAUGUGUGGUUGCUGGGGGCCAUGGCCUGCAACCCAGGCAUGUGCCCUGACUGGGAAUCAAACCUGCGAUGCUUUGGUUCGCAGCCCGCACUCAGUCCACUGAGCUAUGCCAACCAGGGCGGUUUUUUUUCUUUUAAUACAGGUUGGCUGUCAGUUUCUUAUAUCUGCAAAUUCAUAUAUAUGUAUUUAUUUAACAAAAUUGCCAUGGUUAAUACUGAUGAGGUUUUAUUUAAUAUUGGUAAUGUUGUUAGACAUUUUUGUUAAGAAAAUAGGAUUCAUUAUCUUGUGUGUGGAGAUGAAGCUGGUAUGUCAUUCAGAAGGGAACUCGGACUCAUUUGUGCUGGCGACUUCCAUUGACCAAAACCAUCAGGAUCUCACCUGUAAUCAAAGCUACAUUUGUUAGCUUGCUUUACCAAGCGAGUGUAUGUAUAAGAACUGUGUGGUGACUCCAAAGGAAGAGCACAUACAGGAGUUUGGGACCUGGAGUUGUUUUUGGAUUGUCUCAGUAGAGAUUGGUGAAAAUUUAGAAAGUAGAAAGUUGCUGGUAUAGUCACUCUCUUUAAGAACAUUUGAACCUAUGCAGAAUUAUUGUUAGAUCAGUUUAUGGUCUUGAAACAUGCAUCUGACUGAGCUGGUGUUAAGAUUUUGAGGUUAGGUAAUGUUUUGCAUUGUUAAAGUUUGGUAGACUUACCAAACCUUUAUUGCAAGUUGCACAUUUUUGCAAAUUGUACUUUCUCUUUCAAUUCUCCAUUCCCUUCAGGUCUUUCUUCAGCCUAAGUCAAAGGAUAGCCCAUUAUCUUCUGGAGUUACAAUCAGUUCAGAUUCGUAUUGCUAUUUACUGUGUGUCAAGUAUUCAAUGAUAUGAUUAGUUUCAAGCCUUUAUGCUAACAAUAGUUGAUCAUUGAUGAAUCAUGUGACUUGAUAGUGGGCUACACAGCAGUAGUUAAGACUGCACAAAAUGUGUCAGCCAACUGUAAUAAAAUCAAUAGAAGCAGAAUGAUUGUUUACUAGAAUGCAAAGCCAGACCCUAGUUAUAAAAACAUGUCCUACAGUCCACCUGGGUAUAGUCUAAUUUUCCCUUAGCCUAGUCAGAGACUGUUCCAUAUGUCCAGUUAUCUUUAUAGAGUUGCAGCAGGAAGUGUUAAAUACAAACUGCCACUUGGCUUGCAGAGAGGAAAUAAAAUGCUAUGUGAUUGUCCAUAACAGUUCUAGGUAGUGAAUGUAAAGGGGUUGGUUGGGCUUGCACAGCAGUGAGUCAAAACUAGAACCACUUGCUAUAGCACAGGACGAGUCCUAAAUUCGGACAUCCUUUUCUAGUUGUAUUCUUGCUGUUGAAGUAGGUAGUCUUGCAUAGUGUGCAUAGAGAGUCCCCUGAGUAACCAAUAUAUGCUUCAUUUUGGAACUUCCUGGUUAUCCUUUUCAAGAAAACACUACACUGAAGAGAAAAGGGCUUUAAAUAUCUGAACGUCUCUUCAUUAUUUCAAGUAUGUAAGAUGUGUCUAAGUUUAGGAGGUAGAUGAAAGCCUGGUGUUGACAUAAGUAAUCCCUGGUCAGUUACAUAUAAUACUAGGAGUAUAAAUAUAUUUUAUAGCAGGGAUGAGCCAAUAAUUGUUUCCUUACGGUUGGGCACAUUCUCGCAGUUUAGUUCUUGCAUUGAAGUCUGAGAAAUGUUAGGAGAAAAUGACUAGCUCCAGCAUUGCCCCCUCUCCUGGUGAGCUUGGUUCUGGAACAGUGCUAUAAUGAUCAUAGCAUAAGCAUUUUGUUGACUUGGAGAAAAGUUCCAGUUUUUACAAGAAUGAAAGUUGGGACAAAUAAUGUGAAGAAAAUUCAAAUAUCAGAUGGGAUCUUUGGGAGGGAAUUGAUCUCAGGAAUUUAAAGGAAUGAAUAUUAAAUCUUUUAUGGUGGAACUUGACAGAUUCAGAAUUGCUAGGGUCUGAGGAAACUGCUGAAAAUUUUUGCAUUUCCUUUUUUUAAGAUUUUAUUUGUUUUUAGAGAGAGGGGCAGGGAAGGAGAAAGGGAGAGAAACAUCAGUGUGUGGUUGCCUCUUACGCGCCCCGCACUGGGCACCCGGCCCACAACCCAGGCAUGUGCCCUGAGUGGAAAUUGAACUGGUGACCCCUCAUUUUGCAGGCCCGUGCUCAAUCCACAGAGCCACAGCAGCCAGGGCAAAUUUUUGCAUUUCUUAAAGUAACCAAUAAAGAUGACAGAGGACUAAGAAUACAAUGAAAAAGAUGUAAGAGUAUAUUAAGAAAACUGUUGGAUGAUUGAUCUCCAGGAAGUGCCAAACCAUAAUAAGCAAAAGAAGGAAAAGGAGCAAAGGUAUCAGAAAAUUAACCUUUUUUUCCUGCUUUGACCAGAAGCUGUCUACUUUUUGUUGUCAUCUGCUUGACUUGAGGGUCUUGGUGAAUGGUCUUUGUCCAAAGAUACUGGCUUCUGGAGGAUUCCUAAGAAUUAUAUGUUUAAAGACUCCUUCCAGAGCGGUGGUCCAACUGUCUGGAGAAAAUAUUUGUGAUUUAGAUGGGAAAAUGAAUCCAGAAUCAGUGUCUUGGAGUUUUAUUGCCACGGUAGUUGCGUAGUGUCUAUUAGGCUAAUUUUUGAUUGAGGGCAGUUUUUCUCUGAUGUCUCUUCCAGAAGACAGUUUGCUGAAGAUUGAGGAUGUUAAAGACAGUAAUGUUUUUGUAGAAUGGAGGAGAAUGGAAUCCGUGAUUGAGGUAUAGCACAAUUAAUUUGUAAGAUUAUUAUACGUUAUAAUUACUACAAGACUCAAAUGUAUUAUGGACAGUGAUUGUCUUUAGGCUGUAAAGUAUAUCUAUUUGUAGACAGUUAUUGCAUCAGUCUGUACAUGAACAUGACCUUCUUUUUUCUUUAAAUAUAUUUUAUUGAUUAUGCUAUUAGAUAGUUCCAUUUCCCCCAUUCACUCCUCUCUAUCCUGCAUGCCCUCUCCCACCCACAUUCCCCGCCUUUAGUUCGUGUCCAUGUGUCAUAAGUUCUUUAGCUUCUACAUUUUCCAUACUAUUCUUGCCCUCCCCCUGUCUAUUUUCUACUUACCAUUUAUGCUACUUAUUUUCUGUACCUUUUCCCUCUCUUUCCUCCUCCCACUCCCCUGUAAAUAACCCUCCAUGUGUUCUCCAUUUCUGUGGUUCUGUUCCUGUUCUACUUAUUUACUUAGUUUGUUUUUGUUUUUGGUGCAGUUGUUAAUAAUUGUGAGUUUGCUAUCAUUUUACUGUACAUGUUUUUUAUCUUCUUUUUCUUAGAUAAGUCCCUUUAACAUUUCAUAUAGUAAGGGCUUGGUGGUGAUGAACUCUUUUAACUUGACCUUAUCUGAGAAGCACUUUAUCUGCCCUUCCAUUCUAAAUGAAAGCUUUGCUGGAUAGAGCAAUCUUGGAUGUAGGUUCUUGCUUUUCAUCAGUUGGAAUACUUCUUUCCAGCCCCUUCUUGCCUGCAAGGUCUCUUUUGAGAAAUCAGCUGACAGUCUGAUGGGAACUCCUUUGUAGGUUACUGUCUCCUAAUCUCUUGCUGCUUCUAGGAUUCUCUCCUUCAUUUUAAUCUUGUGUAAUGUAAUUAUGAUGUGCCUUGGUAUGUUCCUCCUUGGGUCCAACUUCUUUGGGACUCUCUGAGCUUCCUGGACCUCUCAGAAGUCUAUUUCCUUUGCCAGAUUGGGGAAGCUCUCCUUUAUUAUUUGUUCAGAUAACUUUUCCACUUGUUGGUCUUUCUCUUCCCCUUCUGGUACCCUUAUAAUUUGGAUGUUGGAAUGUUUAAAAAUGUCCUGGAGGUUCCUAAGCCUCUCCUCAUUUUUUUGAAUUUUUGUUUCUUCAUUCUUUUCUGUUUGGUUGUUUCUUUCUUCCUUCUGGUCCACUCCAUUGAUUUGAGUCCCAGUUUCCUUCCCAUCACUAUUGAUUCCCUGUACAUUUUCCUUUAUUUCACUUAGCGUAGCCUUCAUUUUUUCCUCUAAUUUGCGACCAUAUUUAGCCAAUUCUGUGAGCAUACUGAUCACCAGUGCUUUGAACUGUGUAUCUGAUAGGCUGGCUAUCUCUUUGUUGCUUAGUUGUAUUUGUUCUGGAGCUUUGGUCUGUUCUUUAGUUUGGGCCAUUUUUUUUUUUUAUGUUGACAUGCCUGUUAACGUAGUGAGGGGUAGAGCCUUAGGUGUUCACCCAGGUGGGGCAACCCACGUCGCUGCAUUAUGCUGCUGUAUGUGGGGCAGGGGUCCGAGAGGGAACAAUGGCGCUUGCUCCCCUUUCUGCUGGAUUUCAGUCCCUCCUGCUGCUUCCCCCAAGCAGACUGGGCCCUUCUGAUGCUGAUUCAUGUGUGGGUGGGUUUGUGUAUGUUCUAGGACCCUGUGGGUCUCUCCAAAGAACUCCCCUGUGAGUCUGGGAAUCUCCGGGCACCUCAACCCCCACAGGUAUUUUCAAUCAGUGUUUUGAGGCAUUAUUUCCCGGCUCUGGAGCUCUGGGUUGUGUGGUCUGUCUUGCUCCCCAGUUUCACCUGGUUUAUCUGUACUCAAAUGUGGGACCACCAGGUCUGCCAACCACCUUGCAUGCCAUGCACCUCCACAUUCUGCCGUCUUGCUGGGUCUGCUCGCUGCCACCCGGUGCCCAGGGUGUGCUAGCCACCGCUUUUUUUUGCCACGACCCAUCUCUGUCCUGCAGCCCUACUCCACCCCUCCUGUUGGUCUGGAUGAAUGUGUCUAUUUUAACUCCUUGGUUGUCAGACUUCUAUACAGUUCAAUUUUCUGUCAGUACUGGUUGAUUUUUGUUUCUAAAUUGUUGUUGUCCUUAUUUUGGUUGUGUGAGGAGGCACAGUGUGUCUACCUACAUCUCCAUCUUGGCCGGAAGUCCUGAACUUGUUUCUUUUUACCAGAAAUGUACACUGUCAUUUGCUAUGGUCUUAAUGUGUUAUGUCCCCACAAAAUCCAUACAUUGAAAUUCUAAUGCCCAGUGUGAUGAUAUUAGGAAUUGGGGCCUUUGGGCAGUGAUUAGGUCAUAAGGGUAAGCCCACAUGAAUGAAAUUAAUUUCUUAAGAGGACUGAGAGCUACCUUGCUUUUUAAACAAUGUGAGGAUACAUGGAGAAGUCUGUGAUAGAUGGACGAGGGCCCUCACCUGACUAUCCUGGCACCUUGAUCUUGGACUACAGCCUCCAAAACUGUGAGAAACUAGUUUCUGUUGAUUAGAAGCUACUCAGUCUGUGGUAUUUUGUUAUAGAAGCUUGAAUGGGCUAAGAUACAUUGAAACAUUUUUAUUAACAAAUUUUACUUGUGCAUAGUUUAUCUUAAGUCUGAACUGCACAUUUGCCAAGAUUUCUUAAGUUCAUGUUUUUGAAGAGUUCUUACAAUAGUUUUGAAUUCAAUAAACUUUGGAAAAUGCCAAACUUAAUUUCUCCUAUUCUUUCAUACAGGGAAGGAAGCCCAAAGUAUUUAGACAGAGAAAGACAUCUUAACAUUUUUAUAUGCCUUAAUUUCUGGGGGAAAGACAAAAUUAUGAGUUGUCAGAGGAGAUAAGUACACAUAAGUAAAAAUGUUCAAAGGCAGGAAGUAGUCUCAGCCAGUGUCUAUGUUUAGUAUACUAAGAAGAAUAAUAACAGCAUUUACUAUCUGUGCCCAGUAGAUCCAUUA